CUGUAUUGACAUCUGUGAAUGACGUUAGCUGUCAAAAAUUAGUGAGGUUAUGUCUGUAAAAAAAGAUGUAAAUAAAACAUUCUAAAACAAUAAUUUUUUCAUAAAAUCAGUAUUAUUUCAUGUUCAUAAUUCAUUUGAAACAAAAAAAUAACGCAAAUGUGUAAGAUGUCACUAAGUGUCCCUUUAAUGGUGUCUCAUUAAAAUUCAUGACAAAUCUGUGGGUAGAUAACGAAACAAUGUAAUCAAAAUAACAGUAAGUGUUCCACAAUGUAUGUCAUCAAUUAUUUUAUAAUCUAUUGGAAACUGCUUGCUUGGUCUCUACUACUUUUGCUGGUGACAUGUUUGAGCACCCAGUUUUUCACAUUACCUGUAAGUGGGCUUUAUUUGCUCGGCUAUGUGAUAACUGUUGCUAUUUCGACAACUUGGGUCAGCUUCGUGACUAUACAGAACUUCCUCCACCAGAACAAACCGGUAAAUUUACCCAAACUCUUAAAUCUUAAAGUAAAACAAUGUGAGAGCGAAGAUUUCAACAAUGCGGCUUCGAUCAAGCAGCUAACUUUGGAUAUCGACAAGUAUUUUAUAGAAAAAUGGUUCAUUUACAUAAGUAAAGACCCGACCUUUAAUAAUGAGAGUCGAGUCAUCCUCGAGGAGGUUCUGAGAAAGAUGGUUAAUGUCCAGUUGAGUCUCGAUAAUGAAGCUAUCAUUCAAGGAGUCCUCAAUUUGUAUUUGAAACAUUUGAAGGAGUUUCGGAGGAGUUUGAAACGCAGGGAUAAAUAUUCGGGAAAAAUCAGCGACUUGUAUAGAUACUCACACAUGUGUAGUUGUUCAAAGAAAGCAAAGAAUUAUUUCAUUCAUCAACUCACUAUUAACUUAUUGAACCAUUUCAUCAACUGGGAAUUGGGAAACUCAUUACCAUACCAAAUUCUAGUCUCUAUAAUUUCGAAACGAGUCAUGACAUACAUUUUGAAUUUAUUAUCAAACCCGGAAUUUAUUAACUACUACAUUUUAAGAAGUUGUGCAUCGGAAAGUAAGAAAAGCGAGCUGAAAUUGAACGAUUUCAAUCGGGUGAAAAUUAUCCAAAUCACGGAAAAAGGGGAUACGACACCCACUGAUCUAGUCAAAUCUGUGAGCAAAACGAAUUUGGCCAGAGUUGACGCCAUUGAACCCCAAACCAAAGAGAUUGUUGAAUUUAAAAGCGAAGAAGUUAAGAUUUAUGAACCUAAGAGUUGUAAAACUUGGUACGAUUCGUUAGAUUUGACUUCGAUUCCUUUGGGACAGGAUAUACUUGAUAGCAUAAGUCUGGGAGAGUCUGACAAGGAUGUCGAUAAUACAGAACUGGAGAAAGACGAAGUUUUGUCUCCUAUAUCCUCGGCCAAGAAUCUCCUCGACGAAAUGAAACAAAUGACGACAUUUGAAGGCUUGAAGACUUCCAUGAAACCAAUCAGCGAUGCCACGGCUACCACUAUUCACAACAUCAAAGAUUUUCAAGAAAGUACAGUAAAUAACGUGGUUAAACCGGUCUCACAGGUCACUUCAACCGCCUUGCAUAGAAUCGGUGGUUUACACUUGCAGGAUGAAGCUGCAGGUAUGGUUGAAGGUAUCUUAGAUUUUGGUAGGACGCGAAUCCGGAAAGGUUUGCGUCUGACCGGUCUUCAAGACAGCCCCCCUGACGAGCCCAUAAAACCACAAAAGAAGCAAAUUGUCAAAAUGGACAAAAUUGACGACUUUGAAACGACUUGGAUUAAUCCAAUACAAGAGGAACAACCAAAAUUUGAAACCGUAACCAAAGUCCCAUCGAUUCAAACCCACGAGGAAACAAGUCCGGAACCUGAAUACGAAGAAGCCGCCGAUUUAGCGACGAGUAUAGCGAAACUGCGGUCUUUACUUGAGCAAAAAUCGUCCGAAUCGAGUUUAUCGACACCGGCCGUUAGUCCAAUGCCACAGGACGAAAUUUCUAAUAAAAUUUUAUUGGAAGAUGGGGACGAGACCGAUGGUGUAAUGCCGAGUUUUUACAAAUUCUGUGCUAAAACUGCAACCGGAGUCAUUCACAACACUCUUAAUACUAUCAAAACUGCACUUCCUGGUAAUGUGGCAGAGUGUGACAGAUACGAUGGCUUGGAGAAGUGGUUGUUUGUGGAGGCGAACGCGACGAAUUGUGAUUUAUACGAACGUAUGACUAAACUCCUCGGCGAAAGGAAAGUUUUCUGCACUGUGGACACGGCCUACGAAGCACUCGAUUCUUUGGAUUCGCUCCACCAAAAUGACAAACUUCGCCAGUCCAACAUCCAAUUCCAUGAUGAACUCGAUGAUUUUGAAGUCAAACUACCGAUCACCAAAACACUUUUCGACAUUUUAUGCGAACUUUUAGCAGACAACAAGGAAACGUUUUUGACUAAAGAACCGGUCAUUAAAUCUGUUUUGUUACUUUUCGGAAAUUUUAUUGAAGAAAAUGUUGUGACACACGCGAAUUAUUAUCUACGUUAUUGUUGUGCUAAUGCUAAAAUACCGUCAGAGGGCAAAAUUGAGACGCUUUCUAUGGAACUCGAAGAGUUUGUUACUGUUGUUUUGAGCGGCAUUCCAGAUUCUGUUAAAUGUCUAGUAGGGGAAAACACAGUGAAAGAUGUUGUAAAUUUGUUUGUUUCUUCGUUGCAAAUAGAGAAGAUCAAUCAGGAUAUCAUGUUGCAAGUUUUUGAGAUACUUUGUAUGAAAUUAAUGGAAGGAAGUAAACAGCUAUCGCCUAUGAUUCCAGCUUAGUUGUCUUUGAUGUUACGCUUUAAAUAGAUUUUAUGUCAACGUUUAACAAAUGUAGAAAAUAAAAAUACGUUUUAUUUAUUUCCA